UGCAACAUUACGAGGGAGGAAAUAUGGAGCAACUGCUGCAUCUUUCUUGCCUGGGACUAUACCCCGGGGCUCCAACGUCUUUCUGUCUUCCGCAGUCGCGGUUUUGCUGUUCCGAUCCUAGUGUCGUUGUCCUGCGGUCGAGAUACAACCAUUAUAAGAACAGCAUUUUCCACCGACCUCCUACUCUUCUGUCUCCCAUCAAAAUAGCUUCUCGAUUCUAUUCACAAAGUCGUGCACCAUGAAGCUGUUCAACAAGCGCUACUUGGGCUUUCGCGGCCUCCGGCUCAACAUCGCCAUUGGUGUCAUUGCCGGGAUCGAUUUUCUGCUGUUUGGCUAUGACCAAGGCGUCAUGGGAGGGCUGUUGACGCUCCCGGCCUUUACGUCUGUUUUCCCGGAGAUCGACACGACCAAGGAAGGCCUGCGAGGCCUGACCCAGAGUCAAGCCAACCACAAAUCCACCAUCCAGGGCAUCUCGAUCGCCUGCUACAACGUCGGCUGUUUCUGCGGCGCCAUUGCCUGCAUCUGGCUCGGCGACAUCCUGGGCCGACGCAAAACCAUCUUCCUCGGCUCCUCGAUCAUGGUCGUGGGCGCCACCCUUCAGGCGUCGGCCUUCAGCCUCCCACACUUGAUCGUUGGACGGAUCAUUACAGGAAUGGGAAACGGUCUCAACACUUCUACGGUUCCAACGUGGCAGUCUGAAUGCUCAAAGUCACAUCGGAGGGGCCAGCUCGUCAUGGUCGAGGGCGCCCUAAUCACAGGAGGCAUCUGCCUCAGUUAUUGGGUUGACGUAGGCUGUUCAUUCAUUCAAAACCAAGCUUCGUGGCGGUUCCCUAUCGCCUUCCAGAUCGUUUUUGCUCUGAUCAUCCUUUGCUUCAUCCUUGAGCUACCCGAGUCUCCAAGAUGGCUUAUCCUCAAAGGCAGAGAGGAAGAGGCUACCCAGGUGCUUGCAGCCCUCUCCGACAAGCCGGCCGAUGACAAACUCAUUCUUUCCGAAUUUGCUGCAAUCAAGGACACAGUACUUGAACAAGAGAAGGCAACAUUCCGCGACCUGUUCACCAUGGAUGAGAACCGACAUUUACACCGUGUUGCUCUCGCAUACGUCAAUCAAGUCAUGCAGCAAGUAUCUGGCAUCAAUUUGAUCACUUAUUACGCCGCGACGAUCUAUCAAAACGAAAUCGGUCUUUCGCCUUUCAUAUCCCGCAUUCUGGCAGCUUGUAACGGCACGGAAUACUUCCUGGCAUCAUGGAUUGCGGUCUUCAUCAUCGAGAAAGUCGGCCGUCGAAAGCUUAUGUUGUUUGGCGCCGUGGGUCAGUCGGCUUCAAUGAUAGUCCUCGCGGUUAUGACCAACAUUGGAGGCAAAGGCCCAGGAAUAGUCGCUGCAAUGUUUCUGUUCAUCUUCAACACCUUUUUUGCUGUCGGAUGGCUGGGAAUGACCUGGCUGUACCCCAGUGAGAUCGUGCCACUGAAAAUCCGUGCACCAUCUUCGGCGUUGUCUACGUCUGCCAAUUGGGUUUUCAACUUUAUGGUGGUCAUGAUCACCCCCGUUAGCUUCAGCUCGAUCAAAUGGAAAACCUAUCUGGUAUUCGCGGUUAUCAACGCGGCUAUGGUCCCAGUCGUAUACUUCUUCUACCCAGAAACCGCCUAUCGUUCUCUUGAGGAAAUGGAUACGAUCUUCCACAAGACGAAGAACAUCUUCACGGCCGUGUGGACUGCUAAGCAUGAGCCCCACCGCUAUGGCAAGCGUGGAGAAGUCCUGAUCGACUACGAGGAGACGGGUGAGCACCAGCGACGACUGAGCAGCGCGGCGCGCCGAGGCAGCGUCAUCAGCACUCGGAGCCAGACCGAAUACGUCUCGGAGAAAGGGACGCACCACGAAAAUGCGUAAAGAGAUAAAAUUACCCAGUACGAGGACUGCGGUUUGUGUUUGAUUUCGCCGAUGGUCAGUUGCCAGAAUAGGGGCACAGCCUUAUGAUGAACUACGCGGACGGGGGUUGAAUGCGCCUAUCACGGUGCACGGUGGUUUAUGCUGGAGAAAGAGAUCCCGGGCCUCGAAUAUCCGCUUUAUGGGCUUCGGCUGGUUCGAGACUAGGAGAAUACAGGCGUUGCCAGAGUUGCAUUUUCCCAUUUCCCAUUUACAGAGUGAGUCUGCGCACAUACAAACGAAGUGCGUGUUAUUCCUUGUUCGAUGAGAACCUGUGCAGAUUGAGAUGCUUUCCUAGGGGACAAGAAAUGGCUCUCCUGGGCGCCAGCGUUCAAAAAGACUACCGAAUAAAACUCCAAUGCAGAGGCGAGGCUUCGCAGUUCCAGGGACGCCAUUCGCCCGAAUAGGAAAGUUCUUGGGAUGCUGGACGCAGCCGUGAUGCCAUCAUCCACCUACCUUUAACUCAGAGGGACAAGUGUUUUGGGCGAAUCCGCGACUGAAGAUUCGGGCUGAUGACAUAUCUAUGCAGCGCUGGUCGCGGGAUUUAGCUAUAACCUCAAGGCCAUUGGCAAGCAAUUAUGUAGCAUGUGUUGCGGAGGUUAGUUCACGCCCGUAACCCCCGCAGAUUAAUGGCAUUUAUCAUUGUGUCAGCAC